AUGACCUCAACAAUAGACAAACCUCAAAACCUCGAAAGCAGACCAACACCAUCCAAACGAAAAUCCCCCGAAGGAACCGACGCGUCGAAAAUCUCCAGCAAAGUCCUAACCUUCACCUCCCGCAAUCCACCCUGGACCUACCUCAAACUCCAACUGUACGCUCUACUCUACACCCACCACUCCACCCACCCACCCACACAUACCUUAGCCAAUCCCCCUCGACCCCUAACUGCAAAAACCCACCUCACCGCCGCCCUCGCCCAAUUCCUCGGUCUCACAGGGACAGCCAUCCCACUCGACAUCCUGAAAAUAGCCCGUGAGGACGAAGCUCAGACGCCAACUGUCUGGAUCCGCGUGCCACUCUCGGACGCCGCGGCUGUCGUCGCCGCGCUGAGCUCCUGGAUCGGUGGUGGCGGCGGGAGUAAAUCUGCGACUGCGACGGCGACCGGGGGAGCGUGGCGUGGCGGGUGUGUGCGAAGGGGAAUUACCUCGGGCGGUGGUACAUGGGUCUGGGGUGAUUUGUUUGUCCCAUAG